UUUGCGGAGCUUCAAAUCUAACGAUCAUUGCUGUUGCAUUGCUGUCUGCUUGGUUUCCUCAAAGCUUGUUGUCAGUCCAAGCACCACACAUCCCUGGAAUCCACUAGGAUCCCUUUAUUUAUCUUUUCCCUUCAGCUUGGAUAGUGCUUGUCAAAGUGCUAUGACCAUGGCAGUCACAGUAGCCACACUUCUCGACUAUAAAGCUAGGUCGCGUCAUGGUGGCACAAACCAUCGUCUUGCAAUCAGUGUGUCUACUGUAUUUUCUUGUAUCCAUCAUCAUCACAUCAUCCCUAACGACUGUGCACCAUAAUGUUUCCGUUUUCCGUCCCAGUCUAUGAACCACCUCCCUACGCCCUUUCAGGUCUCAGCUUUUCGCAGCUGCCGAUGUACACACAACGUUACCUGCAAUUCAUUGCAAAAUCGGUACCUCCUGAUGUCCCUGAAGUGGACUCUAUUUCGGACAAACGCUCAAUUAUAUCAAUGGCUCUCUUCAGGAGUCUCAUAGGGAAUGACAUGGCCCUCGUUCGUCAGCGGGAUAAUGCCAUCGCCAUGGCCCGUAAACUUCGAAGAGGCAUCCCACCUCAGGCUACUACACAAUGGCACUUGGAAGAGCAGCUCACGCGCAUCCAAUUUGUCUUGGAUACAUUGCUGCCAGAGCGAGAGCUCAUCUUCAACGAAUUCAUGAUCAAGUUUGACGCGCUCGUCUGGCUAGAUCAAAGAAGAUGGGAGAAUUGCACCUCUGAAUCUUGGCAGAAGUACAGGGACGCGCUGCUGGAACCCAUUCUUGACCGUACAAGCACACAGCUUACCAGGAUCGCACAGGGCAAAUCCAUCGAGAAUAUGCACGUGAUCAAUGGAUAUACCUACCGGGCGCCUUCCUUACCAUACUCGCCAUCGGGUUCAUCCCGUGCAAGCCGCGCACGAUUCAGGAGAUCUGCAGCCUGUGGACCUGAAUUCAGAGAGGAUCGGCACAGGGGAUGUUAAGCCGGCAUUCAUAAAGGACUUAGGUAUUAUACUGUCUACAAAUUGAACAAUCGAACAUUUCAUUAUGCAACGAAGCGCACUCAUUAACGCUGUUACAUACGUACUCCUAUGUAGUUGCUUACACUAGGAUGCCUGUACAGCAUUGUAAUCGUUAUCUCUCCAGU